AUGGAUACGAUACAGAUAUUUAUAUUCAUAUUUGGAGGUACGUUAUCAGUAACUAAUACUGUAAAAGUAAACAAGGAAGGAAUUUUUACUGAUCCGUCUUUAAUCACCGUACUUUUAGAGAAAAUUUUAAGACUUGGACAAGAAUCAUUAAACGAUGAUGAAAUUUCAUUUAAAUUUAAUAAAGGAACCAGAUUCAAGUGUAGGAGGCCAUAUCUUGAGGAAAUUGUAAGAACGAAACUUAUCGAAUUAAGACCUUAUCUACAAGACGAUAGUUUCGAUGAAUCAAAUCAGGAAAAUAAUCUUACACUUAAAGGUAAUGACGAGACGACAAUUAUAGAAUUUGUACCCGACGACAAAGACAAUUUUAGAGAUAAACCCUUCAAAAAAGAUAUAAAAAAUUAUAACAACUUAAGAAAAAGGAUACAUAAAGCUUUACUUACGGAAUCUGUUUCUGAUGAAACGAUUGACCUAGUCAUUCAGACUUUGGAUGAUAUGAUAGCUAGCAUGAUUGAAAAUCAAUGUUCUUGGAAAUACGAUAGUGGAAAAGAAAAGAUUUUAAGAGGAAGUAGUAAUAAUAUUAUGAAUUUUUCGGAAAUCCCUGAAACUUGGAAUAUAGAGUGGAAGAAAAUCAAGGAGAAAUAUUUAGAUUUAUUUAAUAACAAUACUUCAAUGCCCCCGGAUAGUUUAAGUAGAGGAGUUAGAUCACUUUUAGAAAAAAUACCGUCUUUUUUCUCAAAAAUUCUAAAAAAUGGAGAAAUGCUGACGAAGCAGUACAAUUUUAAAUGUCAAAAAGGAAACCGCGAUAGUGAAAACGUAGUUAAUUCUUUACUUCCAGGUGUAAAGAAAGACACGCGAAAGCUACUAGGCCUACAUAACAAGUUUAGUAACAUUGUAACACAUCGAAAUAGUCUCGUAUGUAGAAAGGAUAUUCAAAUAUGUACAGAAGAACUAAAACGUUUCCUUCUAUAUAUUUAUAAGUACAUUAAUAGUGUAACUGCGAAAGUUUUAAACGAUUACAUAGAAAUGUAUAAAAUAGAAGUAAAUACGGAAGGAAAAUCUUACAAUAAAGGUACCGUAUUACGAUUAAGAGAGGUAAACCAUGAAAUCGGAAAUUUAGUCUGUAACACAUUUACCGAGAAAAUCCGCCGUUUGAAAAUAGACAAGGGAAUAAUUUCUAAUCCUAGCACUAAAUCUCUGAAAUUUUUUAUAAAAGAUAUUGUUGACAAUGUGAAGUUACAUACAAACAAAUCUCUACACAAGAAGUUUGAUUCUAGAAAUUCAAAGUUAAAAGAAAAUAUCAUAAGAGAUAUUGAGGUGAACAUGAAAAUCGAAUUAGAACGUUUAGUGAAUGAGCUUUAUAAAACAAUUUGCACGACAUUUAAAACUUGUAAUAGCAGAUAUAUAGUUAAAAAUUCUCGACGAGGGCACAGUGAUCGUAACAGCGUAUAUGUCAAAGUACAUUUGACAUCUGACGAUGAAUUAAAAAAUGAUCUGAACCAAAAAUCUAGACGUAUGUUAGGUUUAGGUGCAACUGAAAUAAAUAAAAUAAGGGUUUCAAGAACAACAUUAAAAAUUCAAAAUCCCACUGUCUAA